AUGCGCUUUUUAGGCUUUCUGGGCACGGGCAUGCUGGGAACGUCCCAUGCAAAUCAGAUGCGCACCCAGUGCACCGCCCCUUCUACGUUUGGGCCGUCACCAACCCGGCCCCAGAGGCAAGGGCGGAGCCCGGGAUCAGGUGCCCCUAUGGCAGGCUCAGAAGAGCUUGGGCUCCGGGAAGACACGCUGAGGGUCCUAGCUGCCUUUCUUAGGCGGGGUGAGGCUGCUGGAUCCCCCGGUCCAACCCCACCCAGGAGCCCCGCCCAGGAGGAGCCAACAGACUUCCUGAGCCGCCUUCGAAGAUGUCUUCCCUGUUCCUUGGGGCGAGGAGCGAAUCCCCCUGAAUCUUCUCGGCCUUGCUCCCUGCCCCUCCGUCCCUGCUAUGGUUCAGAGGCUGGCCCAGCUACUCCAGACUUCUAUGCCCUGGUGGCCGAGCGGUUGGAACAGCUGGUCCAAGAGCAACUGAGAUCCCCACCUAGCCCAGAGUUACAGGGUCCCCCACCCACAGAGAAGGAAGCCCUGCUGCGGAGGUUGGUGGCUUUGCUGGAGGAAGAAGCAGAAGACAUCAACCAGAAGCUGGCUUCGGACCCUGCCCUGCGCUGCAAGCUGUCCCGACUCUCUGCAGGCUCCUUCGCCCGCCUAGCGGAGUUGUUCUCAAGCCGGGAAGGCAGCCUUCACUCCAGCUGCGCACGCCCCUCGUUGCCGUGCCCCGGGCCCCCGCCGCCUUCUCCGGAGCCCCUGGCCCGCCUGGCCCUGGCCAUGGAGCUGAGCCGGCGCGUGGCCCGGCUGGGAGGAACCCUAGCCGGACUCAGCGUAGAGCACGUGCACAGCUUCACACCCUGGAUACAAGCCCAGGGGGGCUGGGAGGGCAUCCUGGCUGUUUCACCCGUGGACUUGAACUUACCCCUGGACUGAGAUCUUCUUCAGAAGCUGCUACAAGAUUGGACCUCAGGUCCCUGUGCUCUUUGUGUUUUUCCCAAGCCUUCCUGUUCCACUCAGGGCUGUGGGGGGGGUGGUUGCCCUCCCUGGUUUUGCCAAAAAUAACAAAAUUUUAAUUUUUUCAUAUUAAAAACAUUUUCAAGUA